GCGGCGGCGGUGGAGGCAGCGGCGGCGGCGGUGAGGGCGCGGAGCGGCCGGAGGCGAAGGGAAAAGGAAAGUGUGUGAAUCGCCGAGAGGUAGCGCGGUGGUUGCUGUGAGGAUUCCGGGUGCUGAGCCGCCAGAAACCCUGUCCUAGGGGCUUGGGCAGGGAAGGAGAGGCCGAAGCCGGGCGGGGAGCCUGAGGCCGGAGCCCAGGAGGAAUGUGACCGGGGGUCGGCGGUGGCGCGGCGGAACGCGAGCGCCAGGAUGGGGCAGCAGGUGGGCCGCGUCGGGGAGGCUCCCGGGCUCCUCCAGCCUCAGGCGCGUGGGAUCCGCGGCAGCAGUGCGGCUAGGCCCUCGGGCCGCCGGCGGGACCCUGCGGGGCGGACCGCGGAGACCGGCUUCAAUAUCUUCACCCAGCACGAUCACUUUGCCAGCUGUGUGGAGGAUGGAUUUGAGGGAGACAAGACUGGAGGCGGUAGUCCAGAAGCUUUGCACCGCCCCUAUGGUUGUGAUGUUGAAUCCCAGGCCCUGAAUGAAGCCAUCAGAUGGAGCUCCAAGGAAAACUUACUUGGAGCUACUGAGAGUGACCCUAAUCUUUUUGUUGCACUUUAUGAUUUUGUAGCCAGUGGUGAUAACACACUGAGCAUUACUAAAGGUGAGAAGCUACGAGUCCUUGGUUACAACCAGAAUGGCGAGUGGAGUGAAGUUCGCUCUAAGAAUGGACAGGGUUGGGUGCCAAGCAACUAUAUUACCCCAGUGAACAGCCUAGAAAAACAUUCCUGGUACCAUGGACCUGUGUCACGCAGCGCAGCAGAGUAUCUUCUCAGCAGCCUCAUCAAUGGCAGUUUCCUGGUGCGAGAAAGUGAGAGCAGCCCUGGGCAGCUGUCCAUCUCGCUCAGGUAUGAGGGGCGUGUGUAUCACUACAGGAUCAACACCACCACAGAUGGCAAGGUAUAUGUGACUGCUGAGAGCCGCUUUAGCACCCUGGCAGAGCUUGUUCAUCACCAUUCCACAGUGGCUGAUGGGCUAGUGACAACAUUACACUAUCCAGCCCCCAAGUGUAAUAAGCCAACAGUCUAUGGCGUGUCCCCCAUCCAUGACAAAUGGGAAAUGGAACGGACAGAUAUUACUAUGAAGCACAAACUUGGAGGUGGUCAGUAUGGAGAGGUUUACGUUGGUGUCUGGAAGAAAUAUAGUCUGACAGUUGCUGUGAAAACAUUAAAGGAAGACACCAUGGAAGUCGAAGAGUUCCUAAAAGAAGCUGCAGUGAUGAAGGAAAUCAAGCAUCCUAAUCUGGUACAACUAUUAGGUGUGUGCACUUUGGAGCCACCAUUUUACAUAGUGACUGAAUACAUGCCAUAUGGAAAUCUGCUUGAUUAUCUUCGAGAAUGCAACCGAGAAGAAGUGACUGCAGUUGUACUUCUUUACAUGGCUACUCAGAUUUCUUCUGCAAUGGAGUAUUUAGAGAAGAAGAAUUUCAUCCAUAGAGAUCUUGCAGCACGUAACUGCUUAGUGGGAGAAAACCAUGUGGUUAAAGUAGCUGACUUUGGCUUAAGUAGACUGAUGACUGGAGAUACCUAUACUGCUCAUGCCGGAGCCAAAUUUCCAAUUAAGUGGACAGCACCAGAGAGUCUUGCCUAUAAUACCUUCUCAAUUAAAUCAGAUGUCUGGGCUUUUGGUGUUUUGUUGUGGGAAAUAGCUACCUAUGGGAUGUCACCAUAUCCAGGAAUUGACCUAUCUCAGGUUUAUGAUCUACUAGAAAAAGGAUAUCGAAUGGAACAACCUGAGGGAUGCCCUCCUAAGGUUUAUGAACUUAUGAGAGCAUGCUGGAAGUGGAGCCCUGCUGACAGACCUUCUUUUGCUGAAACUCACCAUGCUUUUGAAACCAUGUUCCAUGACUCCAGCAUUUCUGAAGAGGUAGCCGAGGAGCUGGGGAGAGCUGCCUCCUCGUCAUCUGUUGUUCCAUACUUGCCCAGAUUACCAAUACUUCCUUCUAAGACAAGAACACUGAAGAAACAGCUGGAGGACAAGGAGAACAUUGAAGGACCCCAAGAUGCUACAGAAGAUCCUGCUUCCAGUUCAGCACCAGGGUUCAUUAGAAGUGCACAGGCCUCCUCUGGGUCCCCAGCACUGCCUCGAAAGCAAAGAGACAAAUCACCUAGUAGCCUCUUGGAAGAUGCCAAAGAGACUUGCUUCACCAGAGAUAGGAAGGGGGGUUUCUUCAGCUCCUUCAUGAAGAAGAGAAAUGCUCCCACACCCCCUAAACGCAGCAGUUCCUUUCGAGAAAUGGAGAAUCAGCCCCACAAGAAAUACGAACUCACGGGUAACUUCUCAUCUGUUGCUUCUCUACAGCAUGCUGAUGGGUUCUCUUUCACUCCUGCCCAGCAAGAGGCGAAUCUAGUGCCAUCCAAAUGCUAUGGGGGGAGCUUUGCACAGAGGAACCUCAGUAAUGAUGACAGUGGAGGGGGUGGGUGGUCUGGCAUCACAGGCUUCUUUACACCUCGCUUAAUCAAAAAGACACUUGGCUUACGAGCAGGUAAACCCUCAGCCAGUGAUGACACUUCCAAGCCUUUUCCAAGGUCAAACUCUACAUCUUCCAUGUCCUCAGGGCUUCCAGAGCAGGACAGGAUGGCAAUGACCCUUCCCAGGAACUGCCAGAGGUCUAAACUCCAGCUUGAAAGGACAGUGUCCACCUCCUCUCAGCCAGAAGAGAAUGUGGACAGGGCCAGUGACAUGCUUCCAAAAAAAUCAGAGGACAGUGCUGCUCCAACCAGGGAGAGACCAAAAGCCAAACUAUUGCCCAGAGGAGCCACAGCCCUUCCUCUGAGAGCUCCCUCUGGGGAUCCAGCCAUUACAGAGAAGGACUCUUCAGGGGUGGGGGUGCCUGGAAUAGCAGCUGCCCCCAAGAGUAAGGAGAAGAAUGGUGGUACACGACUUGGGGCGGCUGGAGUCGCAGAGGAUGCAGAGCAGCCGGGUUGGUCUUCUCCAGCUAAGGCUGCAACUAUCCUCCCAACCACUCACAACCACAAAGUGCCAGUCCUGAUUUCACCCACUCUGAAACACACUCCAGCUGACGUGCAGCUCAUUGGCACAGACUCUCAGGGGAAUAAAUUCAAGCUCUUGUCUGAGCAUCAGGUCGCAUCCUCUGGAGACAAGGACCGACCCCGACGGGUAAAACCAAAGUGUGCCCCACCUCCACCACCGGUGAUGAGACUACUGCAGCAUCCAUCCGCAUGCUCAGACCCUGCAGAAGAGCCAACUGCCCCGACUGUAGGACAGCCCACUUCAGAAACCCAGGAAGGAGGGAAAAAGGCAGCUACUGGAGCUGUGCCUAGCAGUGGGAAACCUGUGAGGCCAGCGAUGCCUCCACCUCAAGUGCCUCUGCCCACACCUUCCAUCUCGCCAGCCAAAAUAGCCAACGGCACAGCAGGUACUAAAGUGGCUCUGAGAAAAACCAAACAGACUUCUGAGAAAAUCUCCGCAGACAAAAUCAGCAAAGAGGCCCUGCUAGAAUGUGCUGACCUACUGUCCAGUGCGAUUACGGAACCUGUACCCAAUAGCCAACUGGUAGACACUGGACACCAGCUGCUCGACUACUGCUCAGGCUACGUGGACUGCAUUCCCCAGACUCGCAAUAAAUUUGCCUUCCGAGAGGCUGUGAGCAAACUGGAACUCAGUCUGCAGGAGCUGCAGGUUUCUUCAGCAGUUGCUGGUGUACCUGGGGCAAACCCUGUCCUUAAUAACUUAUUGUCAUGUGUACAGGAAAUUAGUGAUGUGGUGCAAAGGUAGCCACUGUUAGCCUAACAGGAGAUGCACACAUUUCUGAGGGAGAAGGACUUUAUUUCCCUUUGAUCUUAUUUUCAAAAAAAUGAGACUGAUACUUGAGUGUGUUUAUGUGAAGUACCUCAGAUCCCUGGGUUCUCACGUUUACAGGUUCAUCUCAAAAAAAUCACAAAAGGCAAGCCACAUACGUAUGAGAUUGGUAAAUUCAGUGAAGGCAAGACAGUGGUGGAAAGCGUUGGAAAAUGCACUGGAAAAUCAGGGAACUUGUGUCUGUCAUAGAAAUAAGAAACAUAGCCCUUUCCUGCCUGGAAGAGCAAACAUGCUAGUCUGGCUGCACUCACUUGGGUAUUGGUCUGGGCUCUGGUAGUAUAAUUGUGCUCCAAAUCUCUUUAACGGUUUAGGAGAACAGAAGAAAAGUACCAUGAAAAGUUCUAUUCAAGAUUGUUGGAGGUGGCUUUUGGCCUUGCUUCCACAGGUCAAUGCUGCUGUAGUAAGAACUGCAAAUCAGAUUACAAGAGUAUAAAACAAGGAAAUAUGGCCCUGUCUUUCUGUUCCUAUCCUGAUUUCCAUUGUUGCAUUAGUUGGUACAGGAACAAAGAAUGCUGAAAAAUUUACUGAGGGAGGUUAAAAUCUCCUCCAAAAAUCUUACAUUAAAAGCAGUCAUUUCC